CAUCUAUUCGGAUUUUGUAGGCAAUUCCACCGAGUAUAGUCCUUCUUCGCUGCUACUACUGCUGCAUGCGACCUUUAUCACAAACGAAAACUAGAAAGCUAUUGAACAAGAGUGAUCUUCGUUCUCUUUCAGAGUAAAAAAAACAAACACGUUGUUAGCAUCUGUUGAACUCAUUUUCUUUAACCGUACACUGCCUCUGCGUCUCAACAGCGAUAUGGACAAACUCACCGAAGAGGAAGUGGAAACUGACCAACUCAGAAGCAGCACCUUCCAACGCUUAAAAUCGCACUCGUUGCACCUUCUCGACCUUCUGCAAAACCCUCACAUUCACAAUCAGAAGCAUUGUUCCGUCACCGUAAUUCCCCAACUCCUUCGUUUCCUUCACAUUUCUUCGCCCUCUACUUUACAGCCCUUCUUCGACUACGCUCUCUUUCCGUUACUCCUGCUACUGGAUGCAGCGGUUCAGUGUAGGUCUACGCAGAAAAUCAAUUCUCAGGAAAAUUAUAAUAUGCCUGGUGUUUUGAAAACACCUGUUGAAGUGAGUGAUGGCGUCGCUGAAGGUGUGGUUAAAUGUUUAGAAGAGCUUCUGAGGAAGUGUCGUUUGAAUUCUGUGGAUCAGAUGGUUGUGCUACUAAAAAAGUUAACAUAUGGGGCCAUGUUGUCACCCUCCGAGGCUUCAGAGGAGUUUCGUGAAGGAAUUUUGUUGUGUGUCAAGGCACUGCUUUUGAGUUUAUAUUCUUGUUCCAAUAUGUCUUGCGUGUGUAAACAAAUUCCUGGUUUGCCGGCACUUUCGGAUGGAGAUAAUAAUGAUAGACUUCAUAAAACUUUCAUGAGUGAUUCGGAAUCAGGAGAAUGUUUACUUGCAUUUCUUCAGUCUCAAUUUGCAUCAGCAGCUAUUGGACACUGGAUAUCACUUCUUCUUAAAACUGCAGAUACAGAGGCUGCCAGGGGACAACAAGGUUCUGCAAGACUUCGAAUUGAAGCAUUCAAAACUCUGCGGGUGCUUGUUGCUAAGGUUGGUUCUGCAGAUGCAUUAGCAUUUUUUUUACCUGGCUUUGCUAGUCAGCUAGCUAAAGUUUUACUCAGUGCAAAAAUAGUGAUAAGUGGUCCUGCUGGGAAUGUGGAUUCUAUUGACCAAGCAAUCAGAGGGUUCGCAGAGUUUCUGAUGAUAGUCCUCCAGGAUGAUGCUAAUGCAUAUGCCCUGGAUAUUGAAUCAUCUUCAGACUUUGAUUCAAAUGAGUGUAACUCAACACUUUCUCUUUUGGAGGAGCUUCGUCACUUGCAAGUUAAAAAUUGUGUCAAUACAAAAGCUGCAGAAGAUACAGGUGUUGAGUCAGAAAGAAUCUCUUAUUCCCAAACUCAACUCCAAGAAACAGGGAAUACUGAUCCUGAUAAAGAGAAGUUGUCUUUGCACGUGAAUCGAACAAAAGUUUGGAUGCAGAGGACAUCAGAACAUGUAAAUAAGCUGUUGGGUGCAACAUUUCCACACAUCUGUAUUCACCCUUCACAAAAGGUGAGAAAGGGACUUCUUGAUGCCAUAAAAGGACUGUUGUCAGAGUGCUUCUACACACUGGGGGAGAGUAGACUGAUGCUUUUGGAGUGCUUAUGUGCCUUGGUCUUUGAUGUAUCCAAUGACGUGUCUUCAACUGCACAAGAUUUCCUUGAGUAUUUGUUCUCACAAAAUUUGAAACAUGUUAUAAAACAGAAUGCUACUGAGAUUUUUAUGAGGCACCUUGAAAAGCUUCCCAAGGUAGUACUUGGCGACGAGGAGUCACACGCAGUGUUACAUGCUCAGAAAUUGCUCACAAUAAUACUUUAUUCUGGUCCUCGUCUAUUAGUGGCUCAUCUUCGGUCUCCUGUUGAAGCUGCUAGAUUCCUUGAUUUAUUUGCUGCAUGUCUAAGCCAUAAUUCAGUGUUUUCUGGUUCGCUCAGAAAACUCACUUCAACAGAAAGAUCAUCUGCCUUGGGAUAUCUUCCCUCCAUUGCGGAGUUGAAAUCUGGAGCUAAUUUCUUCAAUUAUAGCCCCUCUCUUGUAAGUUCUGGUUUAUCUGAACUCCCUAAAUGCAGGCUUAUUGAGGAAAAGAGUAUAGAAAAACCAGUGAAAGGUGCUCAAAAUAACUAUGAGCUUCCUCGCAUGCCCCCUUGGUUUAGUUAUGUUGGUAGUCUUAAGUUAUACCAGUCUCUUGCUGGGAUUCUCCGAUUUGUGGGUUUAUCUUUAGUGGCAGAUAAUAUAAGUGAAGGGCUUUUGUUACAUGUGAUUGAAGGCCUGCUUGGUUACUUCCGUAAAUUGAUUUCUGAGCUUCGUUUGAGAGAAUACAAUGAAGAAAGCUGGCAGUCUUGGUAUGACAGGCAUGGUUCUGGACAGUUAUUGAGGCAAGCUAGCACAGCUGCAUGCAUGCUAAAUGAGAUAAUAUUUGGUAUAUCGGAACGAGCAAGUAAUGAUUUUGCUAGUAUAUUUCAUAAUUGUGCAUUUCAUACUUCUUUCUGGAAGAUGCCCAAGGAUAAAGGUGUAAGGAGUUAUUUAGUUGAGUGCAUUGGUGGGAUCUUACAUGAGUAUUUAGCUGCUGAGGUAUGGAAUGUUCCAAUUGAUUGCGGAACUGCUGACUUGCCGCGGAAUGCUGUGGUUGAAGAAGAUAUUAGCUUAUACUUUUUCCAAGAUGCUGCAAUGCUGCGUGAGGUUAUUAUUGAUGGAGUAGGAAUCUUUAGUGUGUGCCUUGGAAGAGAUUUUGUUUCUAGUGGAUUUCUACACUCUUCACUUUAUUUAUUGCUGGAGAAUCUUAGUUCUUCAAAUUACAGAGUUAGAAAUUCAGCAGAUUCUGUCUUGCAUAUACUUUCAACCACAUCUGGCUUUCCAACUGUUGGGCAGUUAGUUUUGGAAAAUGCAGACUAUGUGGUUGAUUCAAUAUGUCGACAAUUACGUCAUUUGGACCUAAAUCAUCAUGUGCCAAAUGUGCUAGCAUCCAUGCUGUCCUACAUAGGAGUGGCUCACAAGAUUUUGCCUCUGCUUGAGGAACCAAUGCGCUCUGUGUCAAUGGAACUUGAAAUACUGGGUAGACAUCAGCAUCCUGAUCUAACUAUUCCAUUCCUAAAGGCUGUAGCAGAAAUUGUGAAGUCAUCAAAACGUGAAGCUUUCCUGUUACCCACUCGGACAGAGUUGUUUGCCAGAGAUGUCAGGUCUAUAAUCUCCAAUUCUGCUGAAACUAAGCAAGAGUCCAACAUUUCACGAUGCAAAGAUGAGUCUCCAACAACAAAAAGAGAAUCAAUAUGUGCUUUGAUGCGAAAUCAGUGGGAGGACAUUUUAUUCAAGUUAAAUGAUUCAAGAAGAUAUAGACGAACAGUUGGUUCUAUUGCUGGUUCAUGUGUUACUGCAGCAAUCCCACUUCUAGCAUCUAUCAAGCAAGAGAUAUGCUUAGCUGCCUUGGAUAUAAUUGAGAGUGGAACUUUGGCAAUAGCAAAAGUAGAAGCAGCUUAUAAACAUGAAAGGGAAAUUAAAGAAGCAAUUGAAGAAGAGUUAGAAUCACUGUCACUGUGUCAGCUGAAGGAUACUUUGGAAGCUAAUGAAGAAGGGGCUGACGAAAACAGGCUACUCCCAGCAAUGAAUAAAAUAUGGCCGUUCCUGGUUACUUGUAUUCAGAACAGGAGCCCGGUGGCUGUGCGGAGAUGUUUGAGUGUGAUCAGCAGUGUAGUGGCCGUUUGUGGAGGAGAUUUCUUCACACGUCGUUUCCUCUCUGAUGGGACUCACUUUUGGAAACUUCUGACCACAUCCCCAUUUCAUAAAAAGUCAUUUUCCAAAGAUGAAAGGAUCCCUUUGCAACUACCUUAUAGAAGCAGUUCCAUGAGUUCAGAGGGUUCAUUGGCUGAGACAUCCUAUCUCAAGGUUCAGAUUGCAGUGCUAAACAUGAUUGCUGACUUAUGCCGUAACAAGAGCAGUUCCUCUGCAUUAGAACUUGUUCUGAAGAAAGUUAGUGGUUUGGUUGUGGGGAUAGCCUGUAGCAGUGUUGUUGGACUUCGGGAUGCUUCUCUGAAUGCCCUCCAUGGACUUGCAUCUAUUGAUCCUGAUCUUGUAUGGCUUCUCUUAGCUGACAUAUAUUACACUAAAUAUAAAGAAAAUUUGCCUCCACCUAGGCCGGAGUUACCACAAAUCUCUCAAAUUCUCCCUCCUCCCAUGUCACCCAAAGAAUAUCUGUAUGUGCAGUAUGGAGGUCAGAGCUAUGGUUUUGACAUAGAUUUGGCUUCUCUGGAUAUUGCUUUCACAAGAUUUGACUCUCAGCAUCAAAUGUAUAACUAAGAUCCGAAUUAACGUGUAUAAUAUUAUUUCUGGCUUUUCUAUCCUA